CCGUGGAAGGUCCAAAGCCAUCGGUGACGGCGACGGAAGAAUGGGUGGGUUGAACGACUUCUCUGUUCAAGUGACAGUCCUAUGGCUCCUCAUGAUGCUCUCCGUGGACGCCCUCAAUCCUGUCAAGGCGAUCUCGAGCUUCCUCGAUUUGGACAGCAACUUGUUCGGGCUACUCAACUUUGUUGUCCUGUUGGGAGUGCUAUACCACAACCUGUCGGACGUGAUCUACUUUUGCGUGCGCAUUUUCCUCAACAGCGUGCUCUCGAUCUUCUUCAAAAGCAUUGAAAUUGUCGGCAAGGACAAUAUCCCCCGCGAUGGUCCUGUCAUCUUCACGGGGAACCACACCAAUCAGUUCGUCGACGGUAUUGUGGUCAUGAUGAACUCAUUCCGCAAGGUUGGGUUUCUCACCGCUGAAAAAUCCAUGAGACUUCCUGUAGUCGGCCACAUCGCCAAAGCGAUGGGAUGUCUUCCUAUUGUUCGGCCACAGGACGCUGUCGUGGUAGGCGUUGGUCGAGUCUACAUGGAGUCGUCCUCCGCCGACGACAACUCGUUUGUCCUUGUCGGUGAAGGCACUUCGUUCACUCGCGACGUCGCUCCCGGCGAUCAAGUCCGUGCAAAUGGCAAGAUUGUCAAAGAGUCGGGGGCUCCCGUCAAGGUCGAAAACGUAGUGGACGACACCCACGCCGUGUUAGCUUCGCCGCUUCUAGACCGCUCCGGCGCCGUCGUCACGUCGGCCAAACCGACCGAAUUCGGCGUGUUCAAGAAGAUUGACCAGAGCACGACGUUUACCGAAGUGUACACGGCUCUCAAGCGUGGUGAAUGCGUCGGCAUUUUCCCGGAAGGCGGGUCGCACGACCGCACGGACCUGUUGCCGCUCAAAGCGGGCGUGGCGCUCAUGGCGUUUGGGGCCAAGGAUCGAUACCACAUCACGGUACCAGUCGUGCCGGUGGGCCUCAACUACUUCCGUGGCCACCGCUUUCGCGGUCGCGUCGUCAUCGAGUUUGGUGAACCGAUCGCUGUCACGAACGAAGCCAUGGACGAGUACAAGGCCGACAAGCGAAAGGCGUGCAACGCGUUCCUGACUGCCGUCGAAGAAGGCAUGCGCAGCGUGAUCGUGACCGCGCCCGACUACAACGUGCUUCAGCUCGUGUACACGGCGCGCCGUCUGUGGCAGCCAUCGGGAGUCAAGCUCACACCCAAGGACACGCAGGACCUGAAUCGACGGUUCGCGGAAGCGUACAAGAUUCUAAAGGACGCACAGACCGCUCAGGAGGACUUGACUCAACUGGCGCUCAAGCUGGACGAGUACCGCAAGAGCCUCAACCUGAUGGGCCUGAAGGACCACCAGGUGCCUCACAUUGCGUGGUGGAGCGUCCACGAUGUGCUCGCGUCGGCCAUCUACGGCGUCGUCAUAUUUGGCUUGGCAUCGAUUCCGUCGUUUGUGCUGAACGCGCCGGUCGGUCUCGUUGCGCGAUACGUUGCGCGCGCCGAGCAGACCAAGGCGUUGGCGGGGUCGAAUGUCAAGAUUGCCGCGCGGGACGUGAUUCUGUCCAAGAAGAUCUCGUUCUCGAUGGUGGCUGUCCCGACCCUCUGGCUCUUCUACACACUCCUGGCAAUUCUCCUGACGAACUGGCGCUGGAGCAGCAUCUUCCUUCUCACGGCGUCGUUCCCGCUCUUUUCGUACUUUGGCGUGCGCUCGGUCGAAGCCGGCAUCAUCGAGCUCAAGACGUUGCGCCCACUGUUUUACCGCCUGCAGCCCAAAUACCGCAAGAUUCAGGACGAACUGCCGCAACGGCGCGCACGGUUGCAAAUGGAAGUGCGCAUGUUUGUCAAAAAGUACGCCCCGAUCCUCGGUCCGUUGACGGAUCCGUCGCCAAUCGACUGGUCGGCGUACAUGCAUGCGCGUCGAGCCAAGGGCGAUGUCGAGGAGGAAGAGCCAGUCCCGGAAACACCAACGAUCACGACAGAACAAGAAUUUAACGGAUUCCUCCGAGCGCACAAGACGCCGUCCAUGAUCAACCUCGGCAGCUUGGACACGGAGGCCGGUGCUCCAUCGUUGUCGACAUCUCCUGCGACCACAUUGCGUCCCGAAGACAAAAAGUCCGUCUAGCACAUCAAGUUGAAUAUGAAAAGCAGUAGUGUACUUUGUCGGAGUCGGUUGCAUGGGCAGUGCUACCGCGCGGACCCGACUCCAUGGGCAGAACAU